AUGGAUGUAAAUACCUUGCUCGGAGCUGCUGUAACUGCUGGUGGGAUUGCUGGCUUCGCGUCCAAAGGCAGUGUUCCAUCCCUGGUGGCUGGUGGUCUCAGUGGCCUUGCCCUGAUAGCGUGCGGGCAGACAGCCCGUUUCAAGGCAGCCGCGGCUAUAUCUGCAAUCCUUACACUCAUGAUGAGCAUCAGAUUUGCCAAAACAAAAAAGGUUAUGCCAGCAGGAAUGGUAGCAAUGCGGAGCUCAGGCGGUGUAUUGUACAACCUCCUGAAAAUGAAGCAGUAG